AUGGUCGUCAUCAUCAAAGCCUGCUCUGUCUGCCGCCCGAUCGUCCGCGAGGCCCUCGUCAAGGCUGGCGUCCCGCACACCGAGACGAAGAACAAGGCCAGAAACACCAGCUCCUUCACCAUCCAGGCCCCCUCGCCCAACACCUACACUCCCAGCUCGCUGGCCGCGCUGUGCUGGAAGGCCCUCCGCUUCCCGUUCCACCAAAUUGAAAAGGAAGAGAAGUUUUACUCCAGGCGGUUACGAACGGGAACAUUGUUGCUUGUUCCAAUGUUGAGGGUCAGAGAUGAGUGGGUGGAUGUGGAGCAUGGGGGUGAAGUGGACGGGAUUUGUGUUGUGGUGAUGGAUGAAACUGAUUGA